AUGUCCACAAAAACUGUGACCUUGUGGUGCACUCUGCACCCUGCUGCGGGAAAAGAAGACGAGUGUCGCCAGGUCCUUCUUGACCUUGCUGCCAAGGUCCACGAGGUUGAAAACACCUGUUCUCGAUACGAGGUAUUUGAAAAGUCUGAAAGCAAGGCAGGUCUUAGCAAGGUCGCCUUCCACCUCCUUGAGCAAUGGCCGGCUCAGGCGGACCUGGAUAGACACACUGAGAGAGAUUGGCUGGUGGCCAUCAGGAAGCGUUUUGAAGAUGGCCUGUUGGCCAAAGAUGAGCUCAUUGAGAAUGUGUCUAAAAUUGGAGGCUUUACCAGGCGGUCGUAG